AGCGUCCCUAGCGCGAUGACGUAUAGGCGCAGGCGCACUCUGUCGGCGACGGCGAGGCGCUUUUGCAUCUGUAGGCCGAGUAUUCUUGAGGUCAUCUGAACCUUCUGACUGAGAAAAGAUGGUCAACGUCUUGAAAGGAGUGCUUAUAGAAUGUGAUCCUGCCAUGAAGCAGUUUCUGCUGUACUUGGAUGAGUCCAAUGCCCUAGGGAAGAAGUUCAUCAUUCAAGACAUUGAUGACACUCACGUCUUUGUAAUAGCAGAAUUGGUUAAUGUCCUCCAGGAGCGAGUGGGAGAAUUAAUGGACCAAAAUGCUUUUUCCCUUACCCAGAAAUGAAAAUACUCAGCAUGGACCAUUUAGGAAUUGUAGGCAGCCGAUGUGAAAGACUUGCCACUCGAUAUCUUAGGUGACUGGUUAGACAUAGAGCGUUGUUUUAGGAGCAUGCCACAGGAAAGACCGAGGGAUCAUUUGUUCAGAAAAAAAGCCCCUGAACUGAUUUUGUUAUACUGUAGAAUUUAAAAAAUAAUAAAAAAAAGCUUUAACAGUUGGCU